AUGCCGACGACACGCAGAACACCAGCAACACCACGACGGCCCCCUUCAGGAAGAGCCCGGAAACCCAGCGCAAAAGCGACCCAACUGAUCGUCGAAAAUGACUCAGACCUGGAGACGAUUUCUGUGGUCGCGGACGGAGACGAAACAUGGUCUCCCCCUCGCAAAGGCCAUCAGGAAACCACCCUAGAAGUGCUCGUGAAGGUUGUAUCAGAGCUGAAAGAAACCAUUGCAAGCCAGGGUAAAGCCCUUCGCGACAUACAGGACGAGUUGAAACAGGUAAAGAGCCAAAAUACUGAGCUUCAGGAUGCGGUCCGCUCCCUCGAAUCCAAGCUCGAACGGGCCACCACUUCCCCGAUCGCCCCACGGUCCUGGGCGUCAGUUGCGAACGAAGGCAGCGCAACUGUAGCCCCCGCAGGACCCACCGCACCGACCAACUCCCGCCAGCCGACGAAAGAACCUCAGUGCCUGCGCAUCUGCACCAAGGCAAACCGAACCGAGGACGAAGUGAACGGAGACACCCUUACUAGGAACCUCCCCAUCGGAAGAGCCAUCGGCCUCAUUAGACAAGCCCUGCUCAAGACAGACAAGACAAAAGAGGUCGAAGUGGUAGGAGUAAACACGACUCGCACCGGAUACGUGGUGCGCUGCAAGGAUGAGCAAGCAGCAGCGACGGCCAAAGCACACACUGAAUGGCUGCAGGAACUCGGCAACAAUACCAAGUUAGUCAAACCACGAUACCCGGUGGUUAUACACAGGUUCCCUACCGACGGCAUCGUGCUACCAGAUAACGAACACGAGUUCAUUCGCCAACUCAUGGAGGAAAACGAGAUGCAGGCCAAGAACGCCCAGAUCGACGAAGCCACAUGGCUCAUUGCAAAGGGCAAGCCAAUCGGAUACCAUGCGACCCUUGGAAUAUGGUUUGACAGCGAGGCUGCGGCACAAGACGCCAUUACAUAUGGACUAGUGUAUGGUCAACGACACAUGGGGGUAUCAGCAUAUGACCCUGAAAAGAAAAAGUGUUAUAACUGCCGCGAACCAGGGCACUUCCAGAAAGACUGUCCAAAACCUAAAGAAUGCCAUCUCUGCAAGGGCGAUCAUGAGCGAGGAGACUGCCCAUCCAACGAAGGGGGCAGGAGCGGCAACCGCCAGGCAGCAGAACACAUCAGCAUCAAUGAAGAGAGGGGGCGUACCCAAGCAAAUGGCUCCCAAUGA